AUGGAAGCUAUUGAUGCAGAUAAUGGUCGAAUUUUCUUUAUAGAUGGUCUAGGUGGGACAGGUAUGACUUAUCUAUAUCGAGCCAUACUUACAAUAGUCAAGCUUAGAGGGAAAUUUGGAUUACCAGUAGGCAGCUCAUGUAUUGCUACCACACUAUUGCAUCGAGGAAAAGCCGCUUAUAAAACUCUUGGUAUUCCGGUUACGGUGCAUGCCUCGUCAACUUGGAAGUUUAGUAAACAAGAUGUAAAGGCGCAAUUGGUCAAGUAUGCUGCUGUCAUAGUAUGGGAUGAAGCAACAAUGACUCAUUGA